AUGAACAAACCACCACCCCCCAACCAAGCCCCCAUCAUAAACAUACCAACCACAACCAACCCAACCUACUUCCAAACUAUCAUCGGCAAACCAUCUCCUCUCUUCCCAAACAUAGACAACUUCCUCGGCAUCCCGUACGGAGAAAUAACCCAUCGAUGGAAGCACGCCAAACUCCGCACCCACCUCCCAUCCGAUGUGUUCUAUGCAACAACAAACGGACCCAAAUGCCCCCAACCACCCGGCGGCGACAACAGCGCCUACUUCCAAGCAGACAUCCCCUUCCCCAAACCCAUACCGGAAUCAGAAUUCGACUGUCUGAACCUCAACAUCAUCCGACCUAGCGCAACAGGUCUAUCACGCGCCGGGAUAGAUCCCUCCAUCAAACUGCCGGUUCUCGUCUGGAUACAUGGCGGUGCGGGCGCAUUUGGCGCGGGGAGUGAUCCUAUAAUAGACCCCACCCGCCUCGUCCUCCGCUCAGUGGAAUCUCGCCGGCCCAUGAUAGCAAUAACCAUAUCCUACCGCCUUGGCGUGUUCGGAUUACUUGGAUCAGCUGAUAUACUGGAUACCCAAGCACCUACUACUGAUAUCAAAGGCCUCAACUUCGCUACUUAUGAUCAGAAGAUCGCGUUGACGUGGAUUUCUACCAACAUAGAAUAUUUUGGUGGUGAUGCUGAUCAAAUUACUCUCGGUGGGAACUCAUCCGGCUCUCAUGAUGUGCAUGCACAUCUACUGGAUGCAGAUACGCAUAAAACCCCGCUGUUCCGGAGAGUCAUUAUGCACUCUGGUGCCAGGGGGACGGUGUCGCCGGGUAGUUUGGCAGAUGCGGAGGUGGGGUGGAGGAAGUUGUGUGAGUAUUGGGAGGUUAAUGAGGGUAUGGGGGGUUUGGAGAGGGUGGAAAGGAUGAGGAGCAUUCCGGCGAGGGAGUUGUUGGAGGGUGCGCUGGUGAAUGGGGUUUGUGUGAUGCCGCCGGUUGUUGAUGGGGUGGGGAUGGGGUGGGAGGUGGUUAGGUUACCUGGGGUUGAGGGUGGUGCUAAGUUUAGGGAUGGUGGAUGUGGGCGGCGUUAUCCUGUUGAGGUUAUGAUUGGGGAGUGUGAGGCUGAGUCAGCUGGUCACUUCCAAGAAAGCAACAUCACCUUCUCAUCCCUCAAAGAAACAUUCACGAAAAGCUAUCCCACUCCUGAAGCAGCCACAAGAAUUCUCCAAGUCUACGGUCUAGUCGAAGGCGCAUCACAGAGAAGCUUACUCUCUGGCCUCGAACGAUUUCGCUCAGACGCUGUCUUUCACUUAUCCAUCCACCGUACGAUAGAUGCGUUGAGGACCCAGCGCCACAAUGUAUCUGGCGAUGCAGACAGUAUCCAACACUUCCAUAUUGAGUUCGGGAACCCAUUUCCUGGACCGACGAUGGGAUGUGCGCAUCAUGGGGUGGAGUUGAUUUAUCUCUUUGAUGCAUUCCAUGAGCAGCUUGUUGGGCUGGAUGAUUUGUCUACUGGGCAGGGCGUGGUGAAGCAUAUGGAGUUGGUGAGGAGGGUUCAGGAUCAUUGGAUUGGGUUUAUUGUCGGCAGGGCGGUACAGAAGGUUAGUGAUAAGGAGGUGUUGGUUUGGGGUGAGGAUGGGGAUACUAGGGUUGAGAUGUUCGAUGAGAUGUCUAGGUGGGUGGAGAGGAAGAGGCGGCUUGAGGUGCUGGGGAGGGAUGUCAAGUCUAUGAUGAGGGUAUUUUGGGCCUUGGGGUAG